GCCCUGAUCGUCUCUCCGCGCCAUUUUCAAACUGUCCUAGCAACGGAGCUGGUGUCUGGGCGGAAGGAGCCAGCGAGGGAGGCGAGGCGCGAGGGGAGAUGCGACCGCAGGCGGAGGGAGCGGCGGCCUGGGCUGCGGGAUUUUAAUUUUUGGAAGUGAAUAAACCUAGUUUGGAACACAAGAUGACUACAGCUGCAGAAAGAAAGUAUCUUAAUAUUAGGAAAAGAUUGGAUCAGUUGGGAUACCGCCAGACUCUGACAGUGGACUGUAUACCUUUGGUAGAAAAACUUUUCAGUGAUCUAGUUCAUACAACAGAAAGUCUUCGGAAAUCAAAAUUAUCUGCUGUGAAAGCUGAAAAAGAGAGUGCCAAUUUUGAUUUUGUAUUGGAACCUUAUAAACUUGAAAAUGCAAGAUUGAGUAAGGAAAAUAAUGAAUUAUACCUGGAAUUAAUGAAACUGAGAGAACAAUCAGGUCAACAUAUUAAAGAGUUGAAAACCACAUUGAAAAAGUGUGCACGUGAAACAGCUGAUCUGAAAUUUCUAAAUAAUCAAUAUGUUCAUAAACUCAAACUUAUGGAGAAAGAAAGCAAAGCUAAGAAUGAGAAAAUUCAACAGCUUCAAGAAAAGAAUUUGCAAGCUGUAGUUCAAACUCCAGGUGGCAAGAAAAGAAAUAUUGCUUUUAGGCGCCAGCGCAUGCAGAUUGAUGAACCAGUCCCUCCCUCUGAAAUCAGUUCAUAUCCGGUUCCUCAGCCAGAUGACCCUUACAUUGCAGACCUCCUGCACGUGGCUGAUAACAGAAUUCAAGAACUUCAACAAGAAGUCUGCCAGUUACAAGAGAAGUUAGCAAUGAUGGAAAGUGAACUGAGAGAUUAUAACAAGCAGGUGGGAUUUUUUAUUUGCCUAGUUGGGAUUGAGAUUGAACUUAGAGAACGAGAGAUAGAACGACUGUCGAUUGCAUUGGAUGGGGGUCGAUCCUCUGAUAUCCUUUCUCUGGAGACUAGAAAUAAAGCCAACGAAAAGCUUAUUGCUCAUUUAAAUAUUCAGGUUGACUUUCUUCAGCAAGCUAAUAAAGAUCUGGAAAAGCAUAUACAAGAGCUUAUGGAAACCAAGGAAACAGUAACAUCUGAAGUUGUUAAUUUAAGUAACAAAAAUGAAAAACUCUGCCAGGAAUUAACUGAAAUAGACCAGUUAGCACAGCAGUUGGAAAGACACAAAGAAGAAGUGCUCAAGACUGCUGACAAAGAACUUGAGGAAGCCAAGAAAGAGAUUAAAAAAAAGCUUUCUGAAAUGCGGAAUCUUGAAGAAACAAUGGGAAAACUUCAGCUGGAAUUAAGCUUAUGUCAUAAAGAAAAGGAGAGGCUGAGUGAUGAACUCCUUAUAAAAUCAGACCUGGAAACUGUUGUUCAUCAGCUUGAACAAGAAAAGCAAAGACUUAACAAAAAAAUUGAAAGUUUUGCAGUUACAGAAAGAGAACUUACUGUGGAAGUUGAGAGGAUGAGACUAGAACACGGAAUAAAACGACGAGAUAAGUCACCUUCUCGUUUAGAUACAUUUCUGAAAGGUAUAGAAGAUGAACGAGAUUUUUAUAAGAAAGAACUAGAAAAACUCCAACAUAUAAUACAGCGAAGAUCUUGCUCUAGAAGUCAUUCUACAUGUGAAAAAAUGCCAGUAUUUAAAACAGUAGAAAAGGGUGAUUACGACUCGGAUAUCCAUCUCAUCACAAGAGAAAGAGACGAACUUCAGCGUAUGCUAGAAAGAUUUGAAAAGCACAUGGUGGAUAUACAGUCCAAUGUUAAAUUAUUGACAGCAGAAAGAGAUAAACUAAGUGUCUUAUAUAAUGAAGCUCAGGAAGAAUUAUCUGCACUAAGACAAGACUCUACCCAAACUACAGUUUCACAUAAUACUGUUAGUCUUAUAGAAAAGGAAAAAGAACUUGCAUUAUCUGACUUAAGAAGGAUUAUGGCAGAAAAGGAAGCUUUAAAAGACAAGUUAAAACAUCUCCAAGAAAUGAGUGUUUUUGGAAAAUCAGAAUUAGAGAAAACUAUUGAGCAUUUGACAUGUGUUAAUCACCAGCUUGAAAAUGAAAAAUGUGAAUUAAAGUCUAAAAUAUUUAUAAUGAAAGAAACAAUGGAGUCUUUAGAGAAAAAAGCAAAAUUCCAAGCUCAAAAACUUAGCCAUGUGGCUGGUGACUCAUCUCAUCAGAAAACAGAGAUGAACUCCCUUAGGCUAGUAAAUGAGCAACUACAGCGGUCACUUGAGGAUUAUCAGCACCGACUUAACAUGAAAAGAAGUGAACUUGAAUCAGCCCAAGCACAAGUUAAAAUACUGGAGGAAAAAAUAGGUAAACUACACCUCAGGAUGACUUCACAGAAUGAAGAGGCUCAUGUAAUGAAAAAGACCAUUGGUGUUAUUGAUAAAGAAAAAGACAUCCUUCAGGAGACUGUGGAUGAGAAGACAGAAAAGAUUGCAAACUUGCAUGAAAACCUAGCUAGUAAAGAAAAAACUAUUACUCAGAUGAAGAUAACAGUCUCAGAGUAUGAAUCUUCUCUGAACCACCUAAAGGAAACAUUGAUUAAUCGGGACCGUGAGAUAAGCAGCCUCCGGCGCCAGCUUGAUGCGGCUCACAAAGAACUUGAUGAAGUAGGAAGAUCUAAAGAAAUGUCUUUUAAGGAAAACAGAAGAUUACAGGAUGAUCUGGCUACAAUGGCAAGAGAAAACCAGCAAAUUUCAUUGGAAUUAGAAGCAGCAGUGCAAGAAAAAGAAGAAAUGAAGAGUAGAGUUCAUAAUUACAUAACUGAAGUGUCACGAUGGGAGAGCUUAAUGGCUGCUAAGGAAAAAGAAAAUCAAGAUUUGUUAGAUAGAUUUCAGAUGCUUCAUAACCGCGCUGAAGACUGGGAAGUCAAAGCCCAUCAAGCUGAGGGAGAAAGCAGCUCAGUUCGACUGGAACUUCUUUCUAUAGACACAGAGAGGAGACACCUUCGAGAGAGAGUGGAGCUGCUAGAAAAAGAAAUUCAGGAGCACAUGAAUGCACAUCAUGCUUAUGAAUCUCAGAUCUCAUCAAUGGCAAAAGCUAUCUCUAGAUUAGAAGAAGAGCUGAGACACCAAGAAGAUGAGAAAGCAGCAGUGUUAAAUGAUUUGUCAUCUCUUAGAGAACUUUGCAUUAAGCUUGAUUCAGGCAAAGAUAUUAUGACCCAACAAUUGAAUUCCAAAAAUCUUGAAUUUGAGAGGGUUACAAUGGAAUUAGAAAAUAUAAAAUCAGAGUCAGAGCUGUUAAAAAAACAACUGUUGAGUGAGAGACAUACAAUUAAAAACCUUGAAUCAUUGUUGGCUACAAAUAGAGAUAAAGAAUUUCAUUCCCACUUAACUUCCCAUGAGAAGGAUACAGAAAUUCAGAUACUUAAAGAGAAGUUGACCCUUUCAGAAAGCAAACUAAAUAGUCAAAGCCGGGAAAACACCAUGCUCCGGGCUAAAAUGGCACAAUUACAAACAGAUCUUGAUGUUCUGAAAAGGCAGAUUUCAACUGAAAGAUAUGAACGAGAACGAGCAAUUCAAGAGAUGCGUCGGCAUGGUCUUCGCACGCCACCCCUUAGUUCUACUAUGAGGUCUCCUUUACAUUCUCCUGAACAUAUAAACUGAUUAUCAGAAAGAAUGUUGGCUUUCCGUGAGUUGGAAAGGACAAACAGUAAUGAAAUAUUUGAAUUACUUGUUCCUGAAAAUCAUGAACAUUGACACAGAUUCUACCUCUGUCAACUUUUAUUUAAAUCAGUGGAUAUUUUUGUAAAAAAUUUGGUUUAAAAGAGCUGUACUAUGUGUAAAUUUUUAUACGUAUGACAGAACAGAAUAUAUAUUCAUAGUGCUAACUGAUUUUAUAUCUGUAUUUUUAUUAUUCCUGACUUAAAUUACUCCUCAAAGUGUGUUUAUACUGUGAAUUAAUUUAUUGUUCACAUUAUGUUUUAAUAAUCUUUUUCUUAGUGAGCCAUAAUAUGUGUAUGUAAAUAUUCUUACAGUGCUUGUUUUUAAAGUGUAUUUGGUUUCCAUGUCUGUGUUUAUAACCCAUAUUUUUAAUGCAUUCACAAAGGAUGAUCAACUUUGAUGCUAGGCUGUCAUGUUUAACUUUUUUCUUCUAAAUGUGAAAUUAAUUAUUUGCCAAUUUGGUAUCUGUCAUUGAGGGAAUUAUAUUCAGGUCUUUCUUAUAAUAUCAGAGGUCUUGAUAAAAUAAUGGUUAUCAUAUAUCAUUUGUUAUUACCAACUAGAACUAUGAUGGCAAAGAUACAUUCAUAUGUUAUAUACAACAUUAUACUAUUUUGGCUAUCACAUGAACUCUUCAUAUAAUGCAAAUGCUAUCAAACUUAAACUAAAAGCUGUAUUUAGAAUUUUAUAUAACAAUAGAACAGAAACUUGGGAUAUUUUUCAGUAAAUAAAAUUCCUCACUGUACUAAUGUAAAACUUUGAGUGCAAAAGGAUAUGGGGUAAAUACAGCAAAACAUUUUGUUAAGAUUCCAAUAUACAUUCAAUAAUACUCAGUUUUCUGCUUCUAAAUCUGUGUGUUGUAACUUAUCAGUCUUCCAGAAUAGUAUGUAAACACUGACCUAUUGUGGCAUAUUAAAUAUAAAGCAGCUUUUUACCAUCAAUUUCAAAGUUGUAACGUUAAGAAUUUAUAUAUAUAUAUACAGAUAUUAAUAUAAGAACAUAAGUAAAAAGGAGAUUGUCAUACAAAAAUGAAUCGUGUUUGAACCAUACACAUUUGAAGAAAAUCCUGUUCUUAAUAGAUUUCAUUAUGAUUAAAAAAGAACUUAAAAACUAACAUAAAAUGGAAGACCGAUUAUUUAUGAUACAUUUUAUUUCUUCCUCUGGUUUAAUAAAGUAAAUUUAUAAAUGUUUGUGUGUGCCUAGGGGUGAGCAGUGCUCUUCUUCUGAAAUUAAUAUUCUUUGUAUGUUUGCAUUAUGCCCUUUGCAGUAAUUCAGUAGGUACUGGAGAGUGAUGUGGCUUUUCCACCAUCUGUGUCAUUUUAUGUAUUCUGUCUCCUGUGUGUGAAUUCAUGUAUUACACCAAAUGACAGUAGAAAUGGGACUACUUACAAUGUCAUAAGAAAAAUCUUUUAAUAAAUAUAUGUAAAUAAUAUUUAAAUAUUUGUCCCCCGUUUCCCCCAAAACAACAUAUUUUGUUGAAUAUUUUAUUUUAAUGUUUUCUAUAAUUAAAAAUGUAUAGCUUGCCAUAAUUGUUAUUUUCAUAACCAUGAUAUUACAGUUUUUUAAGUAGUUUUAUCUUAAAAUACUGAAUGUAUUUUAUAGAUUUUUAAAUUUGUUUUAAAAAAUUUUAAAUUAUGGAGCUUGACAUAGAUUUUCAAAUAAACUUUCCAGUCAAUUUA